AUCGCCUUACUGAUUUACUUGUGGCGCCCCUUUUGCAUCAUCUGUUACUGGGGGUGAUGAAGGAAAAGUUUUUGUUUAUCUUAGUAAUGGAAAAGUUUUACGGGAGCAUACACAAAUCUUGGGAGGAAAUGUUCCAAAUUCACGCUUUGGCACAGCUAUCGCAAACGCAGGAGAUUUGAAUCUAGAUGGUUUCAAUGACAUUGCAAUUGGAGCACCUUAUGAGGGAGGAAAUGGUGCUAUUUACAUAUAUCAUGGUUCAUAUAAAGGAAUAAAACAGAAUUUUGUUCAGAAAAUUUUUGCAACCCAGAUAAGUCCCUCUCUGUCCGGGUUUGGUAUUCAGAUAUCUCGCGGACUUGAUAUUGAUGGUAACAAUUAUCCAGAUAUACUGGUAGGAGCUUAUACUUCAUCAGAAGCUGUAUUGUUCAGAGCUCAGCCUGUUAUUAAUAUUUUUCCGAAAAUUUCUUUUGAUCCAAAACAAAUAAAUACUAACAUCAACGCUUGCGAGUACAAAGGAGAAAGAGUUUCUUGUUUAAACGUCACAAUCUGCCUGAAAUACAGAGGAAAAGACGUUCCACAAACGUUAGAGUUCGAAAAUAGAAUUUUUGUAGAUCACACAAAACAGAAUCUCAUGUCUCAUAGGGGUUUUUUUCUACAAGAUGGCCAAAGGACAUCAGCUUUCAGUCAUCGACUUAAGUUAAAGUUCGAUGAAAAUGUGUGCAUUACGGAAGAAAUGUUCCUUGACCCUGACACAAAAGACCUCAUUUCGCCGAUUCCGAUUUUGUAUGAAUAUGCUCUAUCAGCUAGUGGGAACAGUUCGCGGAUUUUCAACAAGCAUUUUCCUGUUAUAAAUCCUUCUUCUCAGAGAAGUAUCAAAUCUUUUAUAACUUUCCAAACUGGUUGCGGAAGUGAUGAAACAUGCCAUACUGAUUUAGUGGUGACUGCAGAGGUGGCUGAACGAUUUAAAAAUGAUCCCUUAAUAAUUGGAAAAGACAACAAGCUUGAAGUGUCCAUAAAAGUAAUCAACAAAAAAGAGCCAGCAUAUUUAUCUGAACUGUUCAUAUACUUCCCAUCCGAGAUGAAUAUAAUUAAUCAAGAUUUCUGCUCUAUUACUUCUGAUCAACAGAAGCAGACAAAUAACACUUGCUUGAUUUGUGAGUUGGGAAAUCCUUUCAAAAAAGGCAAAGAGAUAGAUAUUCAAAUAAAACUUGAUGUAAGUCAAAUUCCAACUAAACAAGAAAAAGUGUACAUAUACUUUGAAACAAAAACUACCAGCAUUGAAAUGACUCCUGGUGAUAAUAGUUUGACCAUUCCCAUUCUUUUCAAAGCUGUUUCUGAUGUUAGCAUUGAAGGCAAUCCAAAUCCAGAACAGGUCGCUUACGACGGGAAAAGAAAGGAAGAAAAAUCAAUUUCUUUAAGUCACACAUAUUACGUGUGGAAUCAAGGACCAAGCCCAUUUAAUGUUGCUGACAUUAAGCUGUACGUGCCGUCGUCGUUUCGGGGAAAAGAUGGCUUUGUGAAUUUCCUUUCUGGCUUUAGUGUAAAGGCGGACUUUGGAAGAUCUGUAACAGUUCCAGCAUAUUGUAACAUCACUUAUCUCCAAAGCAAGCUUGCAAGCAGAAAUACGUCUACAGCAAAUGAUGUACCAAAAAGUUACGACUCCAAGGAGAGUACUACUGAAACAUAUAACCCUGCUAAGUCAAUGAAUAUGGGAGAUGACACUGUAUCGUCUCAUUUAGACAAGAAAACAGCAGUCACUAAGAGAAAAGACAUCGUUGUUAAUUGCAAAACUUCUGUUUGUGAAGAGAUUCACUGCUAUGCCUCUCCAUUUUUGGACGCCAAAAAAGUUGCAAGAAUCACCGCUUCUUUUGUAAUUGACGGAUCCAUAUUUGAUAAAUUUUUGGAUGAGUGGUCCCUAGUAAAAUAUGUAACAGAAGGACAUGUAUCUAUUCGAGGAGAAAAAGAUAUUCAACCUAUUCAAAACCAUCCAGACAAAAAAGAGAUUAGUACUAUUAUUGUCCAUUCCGGACCUCCACCUCCUGAAGAAAUCGAUCAAUGGAUCAUAUUUGUCAGCAUAGGUGUUGGUGUACUUCUUCUGCUUCUGAUUCUCGUCUUACUGAUACGAUUUGGAUUUUUUAAACGAAAACAGAAAGAAAAGUUGAAGCUGAUGGUAGCAGGAACUGAGGGAGAAGAUAAUGAAUCAUUUGGUGAAGCUGAAAGAAAUGAUGAAGCAUUAGAAUGA